GGAGAUUUUUAUUGCUUAUUUCCUAUGUUCUUCUUGACAACAUGGGGCUGGGGGAGAGCUAAAAUUUAUACCCAUCUUAUAAGUUGAAGUCUGUAAGUAUAUCACUGAGAUUAGUAAUUAAAAGUGUGUGAAUUGACCCAUAUUUAUACUAUUACAAAAUAUAUUGCAUAUCAUCAAAUUUACAAGAAAGGGCUUGCAAACAUAAUACAAUUUAAUCCAUCCUAAGCCAAUGAGACAGUAAGAGGGGAAACCUAAUUUAAAAUAAAUAGAAUAGAAAUGUCAACACACCAAAACAGCCAGUUUACAGGGCAAAAAAUGACUCUCCUGCCCAACAGUACAUGAUAAUAUUGUCACUAAACUUUUCUGUAUCUCAGCUUCCUUGCUAAUAAAAUGAGGGGUGGGAUUAGGUGACCUCCAAGGAUCUCACAUUCUGUGAUUUUAUAAAAACUCAAAUGAAGAAGCAUUUUUAGUUUCAAUAAUCCAGGCUCCUUUUCAGACGGCCGAGUGAUCGUGAUUGAAGGCAUUCCAGAAAACAGGAAACAGUGGCGGCUUGAAACGCCGGGAACUUUAAUGAGUGUUUUGACAGCAGCACAUCUAACAAGUAGCUCAUUUUCUGCCAACGAUGGAGAAUUUGCUCCAGUUGCCCUGCUGGAAAAUGAGGGACCGUGUGGAACAGAGAGACAAGCCAUCCCAAGUGAAGCCAUGCUAGACCAGCCAACCUCCAGGUGGCCAGUGGGACCAUUAAAACAAUGGCUUCCUAAAGAAGAGGGGAAGGUAGAAGUGGCCUCUGACAUUGAAGUAGAUGAAGAACAACCAGGACCAAGAUCUGAUGAUGAUGAUACAAAUUUUGAAGAAUCUGAAGAUGAGUUGAGAAAUGAAGUAGUAGAAUCCCUGGAAAAACUCUCUACUUCCAAAGAGGCAGAAAAAAGGGAAGAGGUUUCCAGUUCCUCUAAGGAUGCUGAAAAGAAAGAGAGGGGAUAGGCAUACAGAAAUAUGCAGAAUUAAAUGAAAGUUUGUAGAGUAUUUUUACUCCAUCUGAUGACAAAAUUUGUAUUGUUGAUGAAGACCCAGGAACAUCAACCACCAGUCAAAAUAUACAAGUGUGAUUAUUGAACUUUUUCUUAAAUAACAAGUUAGUAUCUAUUACAGUGUCUCUUUGGGAGCAGUCAUAAAUAUACAUUUAUUGUAAGGGUUUUCCAGUAAUCCCAAGGCUUUAUUAGUUUUCUUCUCAAUUUAGACAAUAGGACUAACUUCUGAAUUAAUUAAAAUUAAUAAAAUUUAAUUAAAUAAUUAAAAUUAUUAAAUUUUUAAAAAUAAUUUUAAAAUUAUUUAAAAUUAAUAUUUUUACGCUGAGAAAUCUUUCAGAUGAUAUGUGUGGUUGGCAGAGUAAUGUGGCUCCCCUCACGCCACAUGCACCCAAAAAUGUGAAUAUAUUUUUACCUGGCAGAGGGGAAUUAAGGUUGCAGAUGGAAUUAAGGUUACUAAUCAGCUGACCUUAAAAUAGAGAGGGUACCUUGGAUUAUUCAGGUGGGCUCAAUGUAAGCACAAGAGUCUUUGAAAGUGGAGGAGGGAGGGAAAGGAGAGAACCAGAGAGGUGGCAGCUGAGAGGGAUUCAGCUUGAUGCUGCUGCCUUUGAAGAUGGAGGAAGGAGCCACAAGCCAAGGAAUGCAGGCAGCCUCUAGAAGCUGGGAAAGGCAGGGCAACGGAUUCACCCCUAAGGCCCGCCGAAGAAAUGCAGCUCUGCCAACGCCUUGGUUUUAGCCUAGUGAAAUCCACUUUAGAUUUCUGACCUAUGGAAGUGUAAGAUAAUAAAUUUUUGUUGUUUUAACUAA